AUGCUCUUAAUCAGAAGCUAUUUAGAUGGUGAUAUUUGUGUUAAGAGAAUUCUCGAAAAGUUGUCUAAACUAUGUCGGUUAUGCCAUGAAAAUUCGGAUACUAAUGGCGUUGAGGCAGGAUAUAAAGGAGGAAACGAGAACACUCGGUUGUACGAUGAGGCUGUUUCACCAACUGACAGCGUGGAAGCUGAAUCUUUGAUCAAGAAAUACCGUUCUUUCUAUGCAAUAAAUUUGAAUUAUUUUCGUGCCUGUUCCGGGGAGAUCACAGUGUUUGUCGGUUCUGAAGGAGCUGGCAAAACGACUUUUUGCUCUAUGUUGAGCGGAAAUCUGAGGCCGUCUUCUGGAAAAAUAAAAAUUUUCGGCCAAGAAAUGAAUUCUUCCACUGUGGCUGAGUGUCAAAAGAAGAUUUUAUUUUGCUCGCAGUUUUGUCCUUAUUUUCGUUCAAUGACAGUUCAAGAACAAAUUAGAUUUUUUUUACGCUUGGAAAGAACUAAUGGUUCUAUGAAAACAAGACUUUUGAGUUAUGGCUUAAAGAAGAAACUUUAUUUGGCGAUGGUGUAUUUAAGUAAUCGUAAACUCGUUUUAUUGGAUGAGCUCACUGAAGGAGUUGAUCAAUUUGAUAAAGUCACAAUCUAUCAGUUCUUGAAAGAACUAAAACAGAACAGGGUUGUUGUGCUAACAACAAAAAGUGCAGAUGAAGCGAAUGCUGUUGGCGACAGAAUUGUAAUGUUGGUUGGUGGACGAAUUCACUGUUCUGGAACUGUACAGUUUCUCAAGGAUCGAUACGAGAAAAAAUUCUUGAUGGAAGUGGUUUUAAAGCCCUCAGUUGAUGGUAUAUAUCUGGAAACAGCAAUGACAAAAAUAAUAAAGGAUUUUAUUCCUAACGUGGAAGUUGAAACUGUUUCUUUGGAUUUCGUCAGAUAUGUCCUUCCGGCUUUCGAUAGACCAAAAGGUACUAAACUACUGGCUGGUGAUGAAGUUAAUGGUAAAAAUAUUCAUGCUUUGGAAGAAAUGGUGCAACAACUUCAAACUAAUACAAUAUGCAAAAUCACUACUUUAUCACAAGACAUUGGGUUUGACGAUCAAAAAAGUAGUACGACGGUGGCUCCUUCUGUCGUCCCGUUCAGUACAGAUGAUUUUACUGGUCUGGAGAAUAGGAGUAAUGCUUCUUUGUCAGAAGAAACCAGUAAAUAUAAUGAUGAAAAGGAUGGUAUCAAAGAAUCAUUGCUCUGUACAGUCAAGACUUUUCGAUCAAACGCUGGUUUUUUAAAAUGUAUUGGCAAAACUUCUCAGGUUAACAUUUUAACUGCUGAAAUGCAAGUUGAAAUGGAACAUGUGUCUAUGUAUUCCAUAAAUACAAUUAAUAAUUUACGACUUGCAAAUUCUUCAAAAGCUAGUAUCUUGGGUUCUCUUCAUGUAUACGGUAAAGGUCCGUUAAAGGGUCGGGCUUCUUCACCUGAAGACUAUCUUACAGAUUAUAAUCUAAAUUCAGUUAUUUUCAAAAUUUACAACUCUGCAUUUGCAUUCAUCUUUACGGGUUUCUUUAUGCAGGUCGUUCAAGAAAGGGCUUGUGAUUUUGAGUUGCAGCAUGCAACUACUUUAGAUCUUCAGUAUUUUUUUGGAAUUGGUCAUCCUUCGUUUGCUCUCGCUGUUUAUAUGGGUUAUGGGACGAAUAUGUCGCAUAUAGAGAGCGAUGACAUAUUGGAUGAACGAAAUCGUGUUUAUUUGACAUCACAAUAUAUUUUAGCCAUUCGAAUUGAAGAUAUGAAAAAAUAUUCUGGGUUUUCAUUAGUCAUAAAAAAUCUUUCUUUUGGUGUUAAUAAACAGGAGUGUUUUGGUCUAUUAGGGGGAAAAGAUGCUGGUAAAUCUAUUCUUUGUGAUGUGCUAACGGGUCAUACAUCUUAUGAUGCUGGAUUGGUCACAAUAAAUGGUUUUGAAGUUGGGCAGAGACAAGCCAUUGGUUACUGUCCUCAAACCAAUGGACUUUUGGGUUACCUGACAAUAGAAGAAACAGUAAGAUUUAUGACUGAACUUAGAGGUUAUGAAAAUUCUGAAGAAAGGGCUAGUCUUGUACUUGACAUUAUAGACCUGAAAGAGCUUGCCAACAAGGAAGUUGGUACUUUAAAGAAAUGCCAGCGUCAGCUUCUUAAAAUUGCCCUCGCUGUAAUAACGCAAACUCGAGUUAUUCUCUUAGAUGAACCAACAGCACUUCUUGACUCAGUUACACGGCCAAAAAUAUGGGAAAUUCUGAAAUUGUUUAAAAAGCACAAUUAUGCUCUGUUGGUUAUGUCGCGUGAUAUGGAGGAAUGCAAGGAAGUAUGCGAUCGAGUGGGUUUGCUCCUUGACGGUGAAAUGACAGCCAUCGGAAAACCCCAACAUCUUAUAGACCGGUAA